AUGGUCGGAGGAGGAGAUAAGAUGCCCACCGUUGGCACCCUCGACAAGCCCGAAAGCCUCGACCAGCUCCUGCGCGAGGACCGCGGCGAUGAUUGCACAUCGUGCAAAGUCAUUGGAGGCGGCGCAUUCCUCGGCCUCGCGGCAUACAACUACCUCUCCGGCAUGGGCCACCUCGAAAGGCAGCGCGCCGUGAUACUCAAGUCGGGAUCCAUGUUCGGCAUGGGAAGUCGCAAGCUCGGCGUCGCUAGCAUCUCGAUGGGCCUGGCCUACCUUGGCCUCUGGAGGUUGUUCAAAUAA